AUGCCUCUGCAAUCCUUACCCACAUCUUUCCCUGCUUUUUGUCUAUCACACCACUCUAGCGCUCCGUUUAACGACCUUUACGAACCUUUCUUUCUAAAUAUCCUUAUAAUGCGCUUCCUUUCCCUCUAUAUCGUCUUUAUCUCGUUCUCACUCGCUCUCUUGCUUUCCGGGGGUGUCCAAGGCAUACCAGUCAGUGUCUCCAAUCCUAAUGCACCACCACGUCAUAGUGAGCUCCUUCCUGCGCAUCGUUUACCAAUAUCCUCUGACCACUUUUCCCAUAUAGCGGAGGUGCAUAGGCGCGACGGCCCAGACCUUAUCUCUGCCGUGCUUGGCAUCAUAUCGUCCCUUCUUGGCUCACUUAAUCUUCCAGUGGAAGCAGUGCAACCAGUACAGGACGCGAUUGGCCAUGUACAGAAUCUGACCGCUGGCCUGCCCCCCCUGUCAGCCUUACCAAUUCCAGCUUUGCCAAUUCCACGGAACGCAGUAGAAGCGGUCGGCGCCGACAGUUCUUUCUCUUCCUCGUCGACAGUUCAGGCAAACUCGAUUGCCUCCCCUUCUCAGGCGUCAAACGCCGUCGCCUCUGCGUUGGGUGCUCAUCAGCAGGCUGGUGUGCACACAGGUCCUGGACGCUACAUUCAUCGUCGUGAUACAACCUUAGCAUCUGCACCAUUGUCUUCAGGCUCGGCGCAUGCCUCAUUGACCAGCGCUUCUGGUUCAGUGCGUGCCCCCCUAGCUAGCGCCUCGGGCAAGCCUGCUCUUGCCGUGGUUCCUCCUCUCCCAGUAUUACUACCCAUCCCAAACCCUUCUCUCCCGGUAUCGGUGCCCGUCCCGAUUCCUUCUCUCCCAGUAUCGGUGCCUGUCCCGAUUCCUUCUCUCCCAGUCUCGCCACCCAUCUCCGUCCCGAUUACCGCCGCAUCCCCCGUGCCCCCCAAGACCUCUGGUACAACCAAAGGCAAGAGGACUCACAACAGGUAA